AUGGGGACCCCGAGCCGCUGCCGCGUGUCCCCAUGGCAGAGCCAAGGAGCCCCGGGAGCCAGGGUCACCCGCCUGCCCUCCCUGCGGCUCCUCACCAAGGUGGUCGGCUUCUACGGCCCCGAGGCGUCGCUGACGGCCAGGACCGUGGAGGCACUCAUUUUGGCAGAGGCUGCAGCCAAGCAGUGCCCCCGGGCGGACCCUUCAGCCGUCGAAGAGGCACUUUGCUGCUCGGCUGCAGACGGAGCCAAGGGAGGGCGGAAGGUGGCGAUCUCAUGGCCCCUGGCUUGGAGAGGAACCUCUGCCACCGGGGACUGCCCAGGGCAGCUAGGCUCCGGCCCCCAGCUGUCUCUCUUUGGGCAGCCUCUGGCCCUCAUCUGUGGGCCAGGUGAUGCCCUGCCCCAGCCAGUCCAGGAGCUCCUGGACCUACUCUACGAGAGAGGCCCGGCCACCGAGGGCAUUUUCCGGAAGGCGGCCAACGAGAAGGCACGCAGGGAGUUGAGGGAAGAGCUGGACAGAGGCACGCAGGUUGAUCUGUCAAGCAAACCCGUGCACCUGCUGGCAGUGGUGCUGAAGGACUUCCUGAGGAACAUCCCCUGCAAACUCCUCGUGGCCGACCUCUAUGACAACUGGCUGCUAGCGCUGGAGAAAUCCAGCCUGCAGGAGAAAAUUGCAGGCCUGAGAGAGGUGGCUGGCCUGCUGCCUCCAGCAAACCGCCUCUUGCUCCGGCGCUUGCUCUCUGUGCUCCACCACAUCAGUGAAAGUGCAGAGAGCAACCGGAUGGAUGCCAGCAACCUGGCGAUCUGCGUGGGGCCAAACAUGCUCAGCCGCGACAUGGACACCACACUCCCGCUGGCCGUGCAGAAGGAGAGCAACGACAAGGUCUGUUGA